AUGGCCUGGUUGCGGAGUGCUUUGUUGCUGCUCGCGGUGGUGGCUGCCUCCGGAGUGGAUGCACAGCCUCUGCGAAAGGUCUCCAGGAACUAUGUGCUGAUCCUCACAGACUCAUCCGGUCUCACGAACAAGCAGAAGAACAUAGAUUUCCUCCAGGCCGCGCUCUCCAGCGCCGGCCAAUACUUUGACGUCGUGGUUGUCGGCAAAAAGCAGCGCCCUAACUUUGCUACGCUCCUGUGGAACGCCGACGGCACCGGCAGAUACAAGGGCAUCAUCAUGUACCCCCACCUCGAAGGCAAUAACGCGCUGACGCCCGCAGAAAUCGGCAUCUUAUGGGACUACCAGGCGAAGGCCGCCGUUCGGACUGUCAUGUACGGCUGCACCCCCGGCCCCCUGGGCUUCGCCAAAGCGCCGGCCGGGGCCACCAAGAAGAAGAUCUACUGGUCGGACGACGCACCUGCGCUGCUCGGCAGCCCGGGCGUCAAGGCAGGGGCGGCGGUCACGGGCGCCGGCAAGAACGCCGUCUCGAUCACGCCCGGCCUGGCCGGGCGGCCGCUUGGAACCUGCAACCUGUACUACAAACCCAAGAAGCUCACCAUCGUGUCACCCUGCACUUCGACGCCCAUCCUGAUGGUUGCCACCACACCGGCAGCCCGUGUUGUGGGCAUGAAGAUCAGGUAA